UCCAGAAGCCAAACUACCUCCCGUUUCUUCACCAAAGCAUCCACAACCACCAGCUUCAUCGCCUACUUCACCUCACAACCUCUAACCUAUAAAUACACGCCAAUAAUUUCAUUUCUCCAUUGUCUGUUUCUCCAAACCCUUGGACAAGUCUCAGAGACGAUUCUGCAUUUCUGCAGAUUACUAUUUAUCAAAUCUUCACUUCUCUCACAUGUCCUCCGUCAAUGGCCGCCGCAUUUCAAGCUCCGUAUCUCCUCCAAUUGCCUGUCCGAUCGCCGCAGCUCCGGAUUGUUUUGUCCAGCGAAUGCCCCGUCCUUCUCCCGAUCAGAAUCUCGGGCUUGCCGUCGUUGCAUAGGGGCCGCAGAGUCUCGGUGAAGGUGCGGACUCUGGAUGUUGUCAGGUGCUUGACGAAGUCGACGGUGGAGCCCGAGCAGGAGGGUUUGGUUGAUCGGGAGAUUAGCGGGGAUGAUAGUAAGGUUGAUCCGCAAGAGGUCUUGGCUGAAGCGGCGGCUCAGAAGGAAUUUUCCAGUGCUUCGGUCGGUCAGCGGAAGGUUGUCGCCGGCGAUUCUCUGUCCCUUGGGAUCCGCGAACCGGUUUACGAGGUACUGGAAGUAAAGUCAAAUAGGACGGUCUCAACAAGAAAAAUAAAUAGAAGAAACUUGCUGAAGUCGAGUGGUCUUCGUCCUCGAGAUAUCCGGAGUGUUGAUCCAUCAUUGUGGUUGACAAAUUCAAUGCCUUCUUUACUGGUCCGUGAACAUGCAAUCCUAUUGAAUCUGGGCUCUUUACGAGCCAUAAUAAUGCAGGAAAGUGUCCUUGUAUUCAACUAUAACAGUAAAGGCGGAACAGCUUUCAUUGGUGCACUCUUACCUCGGCUAAACCCUGACAACUUGAGUGGAGGGCAUUCAAUGCCAUUUUUGCUUGAGGUGGUUGAAGCAGCCUUGCAUUCACGGAUUCAACGACUGGAGCAGAGAUUAUGGGAUCUAGAACCUCGUGUGCAGGAUUUACUUGAGGUUUUGCCUAAUAGAUUGACUGCAGAUGUAUUAGAGCAACUCCGGAUGAGCAAACAGUCUUUGGUUGAACUGGGUUCUAAAGCUGGUUCCCUUAGACAAAUGCUACUUGAUAUUCUUGAGGAUACCCAUGAAAUACGCCUCAUCUGUAUCAUGGGAAGAAACUGCACCCUCAAGAAAGAAAAUGAUGAAAUGGAAUGUGCUGUUUCCUUGGACAAACAGAUUGCAGAGGAGGAAGAGGAAGAAAUUGAAAUGCUUUUGGAAAACUAUCUACAAAGAUGCGAAUCUUGUCAUGGUCAAGCAGAAAGGCUCCUUGAUUCUGCAAAAGAAAUGGAAGACUCAAUUGCUGUUAACCUAAGCUCCCGUAGGCUUGAGGUAAGCAGAGUGGAAUUACUCCUGCAGGUUGGGACAUUUUGUGUUGCUGUUGGUGCUCUGGUAGCAGGUAUAUUUGGAAUGAAUUUGAAGUCUUACCUUGAAGAACAAAUGUAUGCAUUUUGGCUAACAACGGGAGGAAUAAUCAUUGGCGCUUUUGUGGCAUUUUUUGUAAUGUACUUGUAUCUCAGAACAAGGAAAAUACUCAAUUAUGAUAGGGAGAGCUCGAGUGUAGGGCAUCAAUUCUACUAUUCCCCCGCGAUUUCUGGUCGAGUCCUUAUUCCUCUAGGAAUUAGCUUUCAAGUUUCAAUCACCAGUGACCAGAACAAUAGACUAUACUAAAACAAUGAAGGAAUUCCUUGUUUGGUCCAAAGGAAGCUACAUUGUUUGGAGAAGGUUGAUGAUCACCCUAAACUAGGUUGUUUGUGAAAUUGCCCCUUUUGGAUCUGCUAUACUAGAGGGGCAGGAUAAUUGGACCAGUAUAGUUACACUAAAUGGGAAGAUUGAGGCUUGGAUUGGAGGUAGUUGGUUCGAUUCUGUACAGGGUUAAAUAAAUCUUUAGAGCAUCUUGAUAUCAAAUAUUUUUCUGCUGCCUGAGAUUUUGGCAGAUGAUUUUAUUUAAUAAACAGUUUAUUUUGUUUUGGUGGCUAACCUCAAAUGGCCCUUUUCAGUGUGUUGGCAGUCCAACUGUGUAUUAUUAUUUGUAGAUAUUGUGUCAUUGUGGGAACCUUAAGAUUUAGUUGAGUUGAUAAAAGUUGAGAUUUGAUAUUUAGACACCUCAUCAAGGAUUUGCUUACAUUUCCCAGAA